GUGACCUACAGCUUUGCUGGGUCUCAAUUAAAAUAAAUAAAUCUUUUCUUUCCAAAACAGGAUUAUGGCAUAUAAGAUGCUUCAAGUAGCCCUGUGUUCAACAUUGCUUAUAGGAGCGUUGGGAGCACCAUUUUUGUUGGAGGACCCUGCAAACCAGUUCCUACAUCUCAAAAGACACAUAUAUUUGCAGGAUUACUGGGACCCAGAUGGCAAUCCAAAUAUGUGGGGAAACACGCUGGCUGAUAAGGCUCAUGAAACAUGGACUGCUUUGAAAACAAUAGCACAAUAUUAUCUGAAUGUGAAUACCUUCACUUUUGACAUGUCCACUUCCCAGUAAAUGUGCUUUGAUGGUUAAACCAGGAGAGAAAAAAACGAUGGGAGUCAACAUGGCAAUGCAACCAAACUGUGGGCUUUGGAGACAUGGAGGCAAAUCUCUGCCACUUACAAGAUUACUUAAUAUGUCUGUCUCAUGGAACUGUUGAAAGGAGUAAAUAUAAAAAUCCAUCUAGAGACCUAGAAUUAGAAGUUCUCAGUAAAUUCUAGAUCUUAAGAUGAGAACUAAAAUGAAGACAAUAGUACUAACAUUGAUUAAAAAAGGGCUCUUCUGGAAAAGGAAACCGAAAGCAAAAAAGUAGUGCCAUUAAAACUCACUGUUGAUAGCUUA